UUCCCGGCUGCAGCACGGCAGACAGAGUGUGUUCUCAGAUCACUUCACGUUCCUGUAAACUAUUCUUGGUUCUAACCUUUCUCCGUCUCACAGCUGCGGCAGGAAUUGAUACAUCUAGCGGCAGAAGAGAGUCACAGAUAUUGUAGAGGAUAUCAUAAACGUGCUGAAGUUUUAUCUCGGAAGAUAAAGGAAGACUUAAUUUCACGUGCUCGUGUCAAUGAUUUAAAGUGACAACAUGAAGUUGUCACGAAGUGUCGUCAUCUUUCUCGUGCUGAGUGUGCUCAUCAUUGGGUGUGCAGACAGCAGAAAACGCAGGCGAAAUCUCUUCAAACGAUGGAAGAACUUCAAGAGUGACAGGGCCAUCAGUCGGUACUUGAAGUGGUAUCGUACAGACUCCAUGUUGUGGAAGUGUAGGAACGCCAUUAAGAGGUACAUGGACUGGGGCAAGGAACCCAUGUCUUCACUGGAGCUGUACUGUGAAGUCCUGGGGACAGUGAAGUCCUUGGAUUGGUACCACAACGGGAACAAGCUCAACCUAGGUGGAAGGUACGUGUUGAUUGCUUUUCCUCAUUAUCGCAAGGGGCGUUACUUCUCCAAAUGGCUGGACUUUCGUCUGCGGAUGUAUUUCCCCACAACCGAGGACUCUGGCAUCUACACAGUGAGACUACAAGGCCCAUCUGGGAAGACACAUGAACAGAAUAUAUUUGUGGACAUUUCAAAGUUCAAGACAGCCAAUCAAGUGACAAGUAAAGCCAAAACCUGGUGGAAACCCAAAGUGUCCGCAAAGACAUCAACUAAUAAAAACUCGGUCACAAAGAUUUAGAAAUUGUACAGUUAAUAGUUACAGUAUGAAGAUACAGCAGUGGAAUGGUCAUAAUUAUGAAACAGUUAUGGUGCUGGACAUUUUUAGCCCAUAAUCAUGAUCAGUUGCUUCUUGAUUCGUAUCAGCCAAAAAGAACCACAAUCUAGCAUCGAAUCAUGGCUAAUAUAUAUGCUGUUGAAUUUCCAACGUUAACAGCAUUUUCUAACAUGGCCAUCUGUACAAAUAUACGAAUUAGUAAAAGUUUGGUACAUAGCCUUAUCACUGAGCAACUUUGAUUGGUCAGUUUCUGUACCUGGAGCAUUUCUGUCUUGUGAUUGAACGACAGAGUUGACCAUUUUUGAAGAGAAGUGCAAAUUUUAUAUUUUGUUGCAUUUUUAAGUUCUGGAUUUUCAGUAUUUAUUUUUUGUUUACGUUUUUCAACUUCAUGCUUUCUUUUCUUUUGCAAAAUUUUAAUUGGCAAAUGAAAGAAAACGCAAACUAAAGAAGUUGUUGUUAUCAGUAAUUGUAAAUGAAGCACUUUCUGCUGAUCUGACAAGUCCAGGUGUCUUCAGUGCAGGAAAUGCUGUUUGUAGUACACAACCUGUGUGACAGAAAUAUAUUGUAAAUUGUACACAAAAUACUGUAAAUAGUUUAAUCUAAAUUAAUAUUGAUGUGAAGCAUAUAUUCACUUUAUAUAUUGUAAAAAUAAUAAGAAAAAUAAUAUCACUGAUGGAAAUUUGUGGAUGUUAUAUUGGGAGUGUGGUUUGAUUUGAUUUAUCUGUAGAUAGUUCAACAAGGAUGUCACACAAGAAUAUUUUGAUAGUUGUGUACUGCAACUUUUAAAACAACUUCUGUUGAUUGAUACAAAAGUUGGAUGUAAAUUUGGAGUGUGGCAGGUUUUGGCACCCAGGGUCUACAUCAGACUUGUACACAGAGUGAUGGGUGUUUUUUAACAUGAAGUGUAACAUUACAUUUGGAAUACAGGCAUUGUAUCAGUUAUUUUAAAAUGUGUAUAUACAAUAAGUAAUAGCUGACCAUGACAACAACUCUUUGUUGAUCACCAUCUUUUGUUGUACAGUAGAAGCUCAGAUUCCAGAUAUCACAUCAGUCUUUUUAAUCUGGGUCUCAGAUUAAGUAACUCUUUAACUUACCAAAGAUAAUUUACAACUUGGCAUUGAUUUAUUUCAAAAUGUUACAUUAAUGUAAUGUUCUUUUUAAUUUUUACAAGCACGUAUCUUGUUUGCGUUACAUAAUACAAAAGCCUUGGAUAUAUGUACAUAGUUAAUCAUGACCGUUAACCCUUUGUCACUGUUCAACAUCCCACAUAUUUACACUUCCUCUCAAUGGCUGGCAGUUUUAAACAACACGGAUUGAAAGGGUUAAUUUGUUCUUUCACUUAUUACAAUAGUCUGACCUUAAUAUCAUUUAUUACAAUAUAUUAUAAUUUAUGUUCAAGACUUAACUUACAAAAUAGCCUAACUGUUAAUUAUUCCCCUAUACAAUUGCACUUUCCUAUGAUAUGGCAUUAUGACAAUUCAAGGAACUGUCAUAGUUCCUGUUACUGGUGGUUAAUGUUAAUACUUCCCCCACUGCUGUUCCCAGCUGUGUUAUGUUGUCACAGAAUAAAUCAGUAUUACCUAAACUUGACAUAGUUUUCAUCUUGUUCAUAAACAAGCAUAUUUACUUUUGCCUUGUCCUAUGUGAAACAUCAGA